UUUAAAGUACUGUUUCACUGUUUAAGUGCUUUAAGAUGUAAAAAUUUAACUUGACGAACGUGCAGUUGUAAUCAAUAAUCAAAAUGCAAAAAUAAACACAACCAUCAAUCUUUGCUCCAUUCACAUUUCGUUAUUUAUAUUUAUGUUGAAGUUUCCCUAUGAAGCAUUAAAUUUUUUUAGUUUCUCGAAAUAAUAUUAUAUUUCGUAACACUUAAAGGGAACUAUCUUUAAUAAAAUAUACAAUGUCUUUUAAAAUUGUAAAUAAUAUCAUCAAGUUUCCCAAACUUCAGUUUAUUCGACGAUCAAAAAACAUUUCUAUUAACUUCUGCACGAAAAAUACUUCGGUUGAAAAGAUCGAAAAUAUAGAAGAACUAUUUUUGAAUUCAAAUGUGCAAAGAAUUUUAAAAAAAAUCACAGGCAUAGAUUACGACAAAAUAUUUGCUGUUAGCCAGACAUCUGGAGAGUUGGAGCCUCACAAAUAUGAAUUUGUUACAGAAAAACGACUUAAAGAGCUUCAAGAUAUGGCUGCUGCUAAAGCUGCCCAAAAACUUCAAAUGCCUCCAGUCAUGUCUGUUCGAAAACCAAUUAAGGAAGUCUUAUCGAGAGAUCCUGAACUACAAGGAUAUUUGAAACACAAAUAUGUUUUUAUUGAUAUAAGUCCAGAUGAAUCAGCUAGGGAUCGAAUGAUAACAGUUAGAGAAACUGAUGGCACAUUAAGGAAAGCUGACUGGGAUGAAAGAACACGCCUGAAUCAAAUAUUUUAUCCUUUACCUGGAAGAAAUUUAGAAACUCCAAAAAUGUAUGAAAGUCCUUAUUUUGAGUGCCUUCUUGAAGAUGGAGCAUACAAAUUUAUUUUAGACAGUGCAUGCUGCCAAUUUGAACCUGAUGACCCAGAAUAUCACCGAAUCACAACUGCAACAUAUGAACAUAUAAGAGAUAAGAAAAAAUUUGAUGAACUAAGAUCAACAAGACAUUUUGGGCCCAUGGCUUUUCAUUUUGCUGUAACAAAAAAUAUUGAUUCUCUACUAAUUGAUAUGAUCGAGCACAAUUUAAUAAGCGAUGCUUUUGACUAUAUCCAACUGCUGUAUCUUACCCACAAGGACAUGCCAGUGCCCAAAGAUUUUGAAGAAAAUAAUGAAAUGGAGGUUAUUAAGGACUAUAUAAAAAACCAUGCUAGCCAAAAAGGAAAUUUAGAGCUUGUACUACAGUCAUACUUAGAGAAAAGUUUCAAGAGCAAUGAAGAGGUUUCAGUUUGAAGUGAAGUACCAUAUUUUAGUUUUGUUUAAGUUUUUACUCAGCAUCAUAUGUACAUAAAAAUACAAUAAAAAAUUCUGUCAAGUUGA